UUUCUCGGGCAGUAGUGAAGCGCAGUCCCGCAGUAGUACGAGGGGUGCGUUUGAUUAUUGCACAGCUAAAUGGCGGAUGAAGAAAAGGUGCUUCAUAUCGAACAAUAACACCUCACAUCCCCGAUCAAACUUCUGAUUUAGUUUGUUUGCCGAUGCAAAUCCCACAUGCGGAGGGCGCAGUCGGUCAUAUGUGACUAAAGCAAACCGUUAAUUCAGCGCGGACGGUACUGAUCGCGGAUUUUAGCCGAGCAAAGUCGCUCUCUUCAUGGUGGUUGUAAUAUGGGCGACUCGCUUGGUUUGAUCGGGAAGCGCCUGCUGCUGCUGUUCAAUGAAGACGGCUCCGCGGCUGCAGCAGCAGGAGCAGCGACGGUAGCAGCGUCGGGCAGUGAGGUGGAGCGGGCAGCCUGGAUCCGCGGCACCGUACGGGCGGUCAGUGUGAUCGGGCUGGCGAGCCCUGGGGUGGAGGUGUUUGUGGAGUUUGAGGAGUGCCCAUGGAGGAGGCGCUCUUGGGUGCAGGUGUAUGGGGAUGAGGUACGAGCUGUUCUGAUGGAGAAUUCCAUUGUCUGGGCAAACCGCAGUGACGCUUCACUCGCUGCUGCUGCUGGAGGAGCAGCGGCUCAUACACAAUGGCCGGCUUUGAUGUUCAAACCCUUGGUUGAUCGUCUGGGUUUGGGAUCCCUGGUUCCUCUGGAGUUCUUUGGAACAAGAACUUUGGUGUUUCUCCCCAAUGGGAAUUCACUGCACACUUUUGAGGCUGAUAAAGAUUUGAGGCAUGCUCUGCUACAGGAGCAGCCAGCACUUCAUGCUGCCAUCAGCAGCUGGCACAGUGACUCUGAGUUGCAGGAAAUCCUUCGCAAAGGAUCUUACACCAUACAGGGGCGGAGGGUGCAGGUUUAUCAGCCAGAGUUUGAGGAGCCCUGGUCCCUUGGAUUUGUAUCUCAGCAUGAUCCAGUUUCACAUAUUAUGGAGAUAACCAUGGACCAGGGUGAGGAGACACAGGUGGUCGAUCCUAGGGUUAUUCAUGUGAUGAUUGCUGUGGAGCAGUUAGAUGAGACCCAAGAUCGCCGCAAAAAGGAGGGUGAUGGUGGGAAAGGUGAAGGCAGUCGUAGGCGUCGAACAGCAUCACAAGGAGACGAAGAUGUGACUCUCAAACGUUUCAAGGGAGCUGGGGAAGGCGCCUCAGACAGCCAGAAUGGGAAUGGUUCCAACAAGGAUGCGGAGGCUAUGGUAACAUGCGUAGAGACGCCGGGAGCGGGAGUAGUGGAGGGAAAAGAUGGAGGGGGUGGAGUAGGUGGGAGGGUGACGAGCUCCUGUAGUCCAGUAGCGUUGCCAAGCCAAGGUUCUUCUAACAGCAUCAAUUCCUCUCAGCAGGACCACAUAAGGACUGCAGGCUUUGUCAAGGAGAAUGGCACUGUCCCAAGCCAAGAAAGGAUAGUAUCUUCAGUAUCGACCGUGCUUCCUGCAUCCACUCCAACACCACCUCCUUUGAAACCUGCCCCUUCACCUUUUUCAAACACUUUUCCUUCUUUGGGCCAAAUGCCCAGCUUGGUGCCCGGGGCUCCUGCCCCCAAAUCGUCCCCCACUCUCCCAGCACCUGAGAGGGAGGACAGUGUUCUUUCGGGGUAUCCUAAAACUGCUGCCCUGGUGUCUCCAGGUCCUGUGACCAUCUCGUCACCUUCCCAGGACAAUGCUUCGAGCGUGACUCUUUCUGGUCCUGUAGAUGCAACCCAGAAGCCUAUUAUGUGGGGAACAACUCCAGAGGCGAGCCAGACACACAAGACCACCUUAUCUGCAGGAUUUGGUAAACAGUCAAGCGUGGGAGUGUUUGGAGAUAUCCCUGCACAGACAAAUGGCUCUUCCCAGGAGGACAAGCCUUUCGGAUUUUCUUUCGCACCUGCGAAAGAACCCCCAAGACACGAUUCGGAUCCCUCACAGAACCUGUUCUUCCAGUUCAUGUCUCAGAACCAGAACGUCAGUCAAGGUCAGUCAAAAGCCUUCACAUCGCUGUCUGAGUGUCUAGCCAAGGAACCGCCCACUCUGUUCAAGCAAAACGCUCCCUCUGAGGGUUUUAAAAAGUCAGUUGUGGCUUCUGCGUCUGUUGGACUGUUUGGUUCGGCACCUGCUAGUGGCCUGGCACCACUGAAAGAGCCGUCUAAAGCGCCUGAUAUCAAGCCAGCAGGCAAUGGACUUCUAGCGAACAAGUCUUUUGGAGUGGUGAGUGAGGCACAUGGCAAACUUCCAGCCACGUUUCCAACAGUCAUAAGUGGUGGCCUGGUUUCAAAUUCUGCAGAGGUCCUGAAAUCCUCUUUGGGAACCAGUGGAAUUGGCACUGGCAAUAGUGGGAUGAAAAAUGUUAAUAGUUCUAGUAGCCCAGUUAGAGGUUUUGGUGUGCUUGCUGGCAACAAGGGUUCAGAAUCUCAUGAGAACCUGUUCUUGCAGUCCUCAAAGGAGACAAACCCAUUUCUUGCUUAUGGCGGAGCUGUUUCGCACAGCCCUUUUAGCACGUUGUCAUCAUCUGCCCCUUCCACAUCUGCUAUUCCACCAUCAGGCAGCACCAGUCAAAACCCUCCUGGUAAUGACGCCAAAUCAAAUUUAUUUACUAUGGCAGAACCCCCUAAGGGAAUCUUAACUCCCCAGUUUGCCACUCCUCCUCCUAUGACCACUCCUGCAUCUAUGACAUUGGUGGCCCAGGACGGCCAGCAGACAUCCAAACCAAACAAAGAGGGUUCAGAUGUUAGCAAGGGAACCCAUGACAGUGCUGAAGAUCAAGGUGUACCCACGACCCUUGACCAAACAUCACAGAAGUUUUCCCAUGGAGAACGCGGGCAGUCCUCCAAAAAAGACUCAGAGUCCAGUAGCAACAGUGACCUCUCUGACUUGAGUGAAGCGGAGGAAAAUCCGGCGCAAGGCCAAAAGACUGGGGUUCAUUCAGCGGCUGAGGAGAAGAAAAAGACCAAGGCUGCACCUAAGAGUCGUCCGCGGAGCAAACCUUUUAAAGAGGGACAGUCAGUGUUGAAGGAUCAGAGUAAGGUUCGGCGCUUGAAGCAGACUGGCGAGUCCUUUUUGCAGGACGGCACUUGCAUUAAUGUGGCACCCCACCUGCACAAAUGCCGUGAGUGCCGCCUUGAGCGCUACAGGAAGUCCCGUGAACAGGACUCGGAUGAUGACGAUCCCAAUGUGGCCUGCCGAUUCUUCCACUUUCGCAGACUUGCUUUCACUAAAAAGGGAGUCCUUCGUGUAGAGGGCUUUCUAAGUCCACAGCAGAGUGAUAGCAUGGCAAUGGGGAUUUGGCUUCCCUCUACAACAGCGAUUGGACUUGACCUGGACACCUCCAAAUACAUUUUGGCCAACGUAGGUGACCAGUUUUGCCAGCUGGUCAUGUCAGAAAAAGAGGCCAUGAUGAUGGUAGAGCCUCAUCAAAAAGUGGCAUGGAAGCGAGCUGUCAGGGGUGUAAGAGAAAUGUGUGACGUUUGUGAAACAACACUCUUUAACAUCCACUGGGUCUGUCGCAAGUGCGGUUUUGGUGUUUGCCUCGACUGCUAUCGGCUGCGCAAGAACAGGCCAAUUGAAGAAGGUGAUGAACCUGACGAAGAAGUGUUUUCAUGGCUAAAAUGUGCGAAAGGCCAACCUCAUGAACCACAGAACCUCAUGCCAACUCAAAUUAUACCUGGCACAGCCUUAUACAGCAUAGGUGACAUGGUACACGCAGCCAGAGGAAAGUGGGGUAUCAAAGCUAACUGCCCCUGCACGAGUCGACACAGCAAGCCUUUCGUACGGCCGAGUGCUCCAAAUGGCCUUUCACAGGCAAGUGCAGCUCACAGUACGGGAAACGGUGCCACAUCCACUUCAGCCACAACCCGCCCCAAUGGGGAGUCUGUGACGGGUGUAGUGGUUAAAACCGAACCUGUUGAAGAGGGCUGCAGCACUGACACAACAUCAAGCACUAGUGUUGCAAACAACAGCACAACUAUUUCCACUACCGCCCAGACACCAGGCACAAAAGAUGUCCGAGGCAAUUCCUCAGCCCUUCACUGGUUGGCUGACCUGGCCACACAAAAGGAGCCCAAAGAGUCUCUGCGCUCCAUGAUGGGUCGUGACUCCCGUGCUCCAUUUGGUCUGGACUCCUUCAGCACCCUCUCCAAACCCUCGGGGUCGAGCCCCAAGCUCUUCAAUAGUCUGUUGCUGGGCUCUGUCCCUUCCCAACCGAAAGCAGAGGGUACUAGCCUCCGAGAUCUGCUGAACUCUAGUCCUGGAAAACUUCCACAGGUUCCCACCGAGGGUGGAGUCCCUUUCCCUUCAGUAUUCUCCACAGCAAGUGCUGAUAAAAUGAAGGGAGGGCUUCCAAACUUCCUGGAUCACAUCAUUGCAUCAGUGGUGGAGACAAAGAAGGCAGAAGGUCGGCGUGCAACAGGGUCGACAGAAGGCGGAGAGUCGGGGAGUGUUCUUCGCAGAGAUGGGAUGAUGGGUCUGAGUGUUUUAGACCCACACAAUUCCCACACGUGGCUAUGUGACGGACGCCUGCUAUGCCUGCAAGACCCCAGCAACGGUAAUAACUGGAAGAUCUUCAGAGAGUGCUGGAAACAAGGACAGCCUGUGCUGGUCUCAGGCAUACACAAGAAACUUAAGAGUGAGUUGUGGAAUCCUGAAGGCUUUAGUGAAGAGUUUGGAGACCAGGAUGUGGACCUGGUCAACUGUAGAAACUGCGCCAUCAUCUCUGAUGUCAAGGUCCGGGACUUCUGGGAUGGCUUCAAGGUUAUUUCCAAACGAUUGAAAGGUGGAGAUGGCCAGCCUAUGGUACUGAAACUUAAAGAUUGGCCUCCUGGAGAAGAUUUCAGAGACAUGAUGCCUACUCGAUUUGAUGAUCUUAUGGAUAACCUUCCUCUACCGGAAUACACAAAAAGAGAUGGACGCCUUAACUUGGCAUCUCGUCUUCCAAACUUCUUUGUUCGUCCGGAUCUCGGACCUAAAAUGUAUAAUGCAUAUGGACUGAUUUCCACAGAAGACAGGAAGGUUGGCACCACUAACCUGCAUCUUGACGUGUCCGAUGCAGUCAAUGUCAUGGUGUAUGUUGGCGUCCCAGAGGGUGAUGAUGACCAAGAAAGUGAAGCAGACCACGCUGGAUUCAAAGAGGUGAUGCAGACCAUAGAAGAAGGUGAUGUUGAUGAUAUGACUAAGAGAAGAGUCUAUGAGAUAAAGGAGAAACCUGGAGCUCUCUGGCACAUCUAUGCCGCUAAAGAUGCAGAGAAAAUCCGUGAGCUCCUACGAAAGGUUGGGGAGGAACAAGGUCAGGAGAACCCACCAGACCAUGACCCUAUUCACGAUCAGAGCUGGUACUUGGACCAAGCACUGCGUCACAGGCUGUAUGAAGACUAUGGGGUCCAGGGAUGGUCCAUUGUUCAGUUUUUGGGAGAUGCUGUUUUUAUCCCAGCUGGAGCACCACAUCAGGUGCACAACCUGUACAGCUGUAUCAAGGUUGCGGAGGACUUUGUUUCUCCCGAGCACGUGAAACACUGUUUUAGACUGACGCAAGAGUUUCGCCAUUUGUCCACAACUCACACAAACCAUGAGGACAAGUUACAGGUGAAAAACAUCAUCUACCAUGCCGUGAAGGAUUCAGUGGGAACGCUUAAAUCCCACGAGCCCAAGUUAGGCCGCUCUUGAACUGAUGAUGGAGAAAUCACAGAGAAGUGAUGUAUUGGUUGGGGACGUCUGGGUUUGGAUAAGGCCAGUGAGAUCACAAAACAAGCUGUUUAUAAUGGGAACGUCUGUUGGUGCUUCAUUAGGAUGAAGAUGCAGCUUCAUCAGUGUUACGAAACCGUUGUUUAGUUUUUUCAGUCUUUUUCUCUGUAUUUAAAAAGUCUGUUUUUUUCUCGGCAUCGAAAGUUUGUUGGACUGUGCAGAAAGCUGAUGAUAUAAACUGACAUGCGUCUUUUAAAAUGGCCUUCUGUGUAACUUCUGUGAAAAAGUGAGCACUGGGUUUCUUAGAGUACAUACUUUUAUUGUGCUCUUCAAUGAAGGAGAGCUUUUGGGUUGAGAAGAGGGUAAACGGACAAAAAAUUAACUAAAAGAUUCCCGCCACCUUUUCCAAUAGAGGUGGACAGGAGCACGGAAGGGAAAUAGACCAAAGUUUUGUAUUUUUUUUUAGUUUGUUGAUUUUUUUUUUUUUUUGAGAUGAAAACGUCAUUCUUGUUUGCUUUUUAUAUGUCAUUAGCUAAUAUUUCUCUGACAAGAAGCGUUAGACUGGCUUUGAGGAGUAAUCAUUGAAAAAUCAACUAUUUCAGUUCUGCAGAGCUCCUGCUCACUGAUAUGUACCAAUAUAUAUAUUGAUCUUAGCAGUGUGUAUUACUUUCACCACAAAAUAAAAGUUUACAAAAAAAUGAUUCGGCCCUAUUAUAUGUUUUUUAGCAAUCUGUUUAAUGCUUACCAUUUUAUUUUAUAAGAUGUUUUGUGAUUCAUGAUGACACUGCAAUAAAAGAAACUUUUGAAAUAUA